GAAGACUGAAGGUAGGCUGCUCCGGUGACCGGCGUGGUUGGCUGCUCGCCUGCUCCGGCGAAGUAGCGGCGGAUGCGAGAUUGCGAGAGAGGGAUUUAGGGUUGUGAGGUUUCCGUUGUUUCUUUCACGCGUUUUGGGCUUUGUCGUUCAGCCGUUCUUUCAAUCUUUCUUGUUUUUUUUGUUUUUUCUUUUUUUUUUUUUUUUAAUUUUUUUUUUUGGCACUGCUGAGUCACGUGACCCAGCGUGCACACGUGUAGGUCCGCCACUGGCUACUAGCAUGAUUUCUCAAGGCCAUAGUGUAUUACGAGUAGUUGGAAAAGAGGAUUAAUAAUAGAUAAUGACCAUGACUAAUUAUAGUCAUUCUGGUUAUUAAUAUAAUGUAUUAAUUGUCUGGAUUGUUGUGCUAAGUACGCCAAUUUUAUAUAUUUUGUUACCUUUCAAACGCGGUAUUAGCUGUUGAAAUUUGACCAACCAGAAAAUUUUAGUGGUAUAACAAAGUUCAGAUCUGAUAACUAGUAACUCGCUCUUCACUUCCUCACCUUAUACUUUAGCUAGUCACUCACAUACCUUGAUAUAUUUGGCUAGAGGAGAAGUUUGAUCCAAAAAAGAGAGAAUGGCUGAGGGAAUUUUGUUUGGCAUUGCAGAGGAAAUCAUAAAGAAUCUGGGGACAAGGGCAAUUGAUGAGAUUGUCUCAGCAUGGGGAUUCAAGCAUCGGCUUGAGAAGCUCAAGAGCACAAUCAACACCAUCAAAGACGUGCUCCUCGAUGCUGAGGAAAGGCAAACUGAUAGCAGAGUCAUUCGCAGUUGGCUUAACAGGCUUGCCACUGUUGUUUAUGCUGCUGAUGACUUGUUCGAUGAGGUUGCUACAGUUGCAUCCCAAAAACAGAUCCUUAAUGCAAGCAAGUUGACCAAAGAGGUGCACACUUUCUUCUCUAGCUCCAACCAGAUCCUGUUCGCAUUGAAUGUCUCUAAGAAGAUUAAAAAAGUUAGGCAAGAGCUAGAUGAUAUAGUCAAAGAGGGUACUGAUUUUGCCUUCGUACACCGCCCUCGUGAAGAAGGGGGUAUGAUACAUACUAGUAUGAAGAGAGAUCAAACUUAUUCAUUUGUAGAUUCAGAGGAAGUUAUUGGUAGAGAUGACGAUAAGAAAGCUAUCUUGGAUAUACUCUUUGCCUCUGGUGAACCUGAGAAUGAGGUACUUCAAGUUAUCCCAAUUGUUGGGAUUGGAGGUCAGGGCAAGACAACUUUGGCUCAACUCAUAUAUAAUGAUCCUCAAGUUGACAAGCAAUUCGAGUUGAGGUUAUGGGUGUGCGUAUCCGACGUCUUUGAUAUAAAGAUUAUUACAGAAAAAAUCCUCAAGUCAGCAACUAAUGAAGAAACUCCGAAUUUAGAGAUGGAUCAGUUACAAGGGCUACUGAGAAAUAAAGUAGGUGAUAAGAGAUACUUGCUUGUUCUGGAUGAUAUUUGGAAUGAAAGUCGUGAGGAAUGGUUGAAGCUGAGGGCUCUGUUGAAGAUUGGAAGAAAAGGGAGUAAGAUAAUUGUAACUACUCGAUCAAGGGAGGUGGCAAAAAUUAUGGGCACCGUUCCUGCCUAUGAUUUACAAGGCCUUUUAGAAGAGAAGGCAUGGGAAUUAUUUCAGAAGAUGGCAUUUGAACCUGGACAAGCUGAACAGAAGCUGCGUCUUAUUGAGGUUGGGAAAGAUAUUGUUCAGAAGUGUGCAAAUGUUCCUUUGGCCAUUAGAGCUGUAGGCAGUCUUCUUUACGGCAAGAACGAGAGCAAGUGGUUGUCGAUCAAGGAUAGAAGUCUAGCCAAUAUACUUGACAGCCAAAAUGGCAUUAUGGACAUUCUCAAGUUGAGCUACCAGCAACUACAGUCACCGUUGAAGAACUGUUUUGCUUACUGCGCUUUGUUUCCGAAAGACCAUGAAUUCAAUAAGGAAGCACUGAUGAAUCUUUGGCUGGCCGAGGGCUUUAUUAUUUCUAGAAAUAAUGAAGACCAGAGUCUAGAAGAACUUGCUGAGGAAUAUUUUCUUAUUCUGUUGCAAAGGUGCUUCUUCCAGGAUAUAAAAAGAGAUGAAUGGGGGAACAUUUCGAGCUGCAAAAUGCACGACUUUAUGCAUGAUCUUGCUCAAGAAGUAGCAGGAGUCAACUGCAAGGUUGCAAUGUUAGGAGAAAGCAAUUCAAACAAGGCAAUCUAUCACUUAUCCUUAGCUUAUCGUUUGACUUCAGAAUGGAAGAUACCAAGUUGGAUGCUGAAACUGAAGCAUCUACGAACAUUUCUUUUGCCAGAGCAAUUUAAAGAUGGAUCGGCCUUCAGCAAAUCGAUUUGUCAAGAGUUGAUAUCUGGCUUUGGAUGCUUGAGGGUGUUGGAUCUACACAACCUUGGAAUCAGGAAUUUGCCCAGCUCAAUAGGUAAGCUUAUUCACUUAAGAUGCCUUAACCUUUCCCGUACAUCUAUUAGAGAACUCCCUGAUUCAAUCACAAUGCUCCAAAAUUUGCAAACACUUAAUCUAUUUCACUGUUAUAGUCUUCGAACAUUGCCUAUAGAUAUGGGAUUACUUAAGAAUCUUAGGAACCUUGAUGUUCAUGAAUGUCAAUUUCUGUACCGUGUGCCUUCAGGACUAGGAAAAUUGACUUCGCUCAAUAAACUACCUCGAUUUCCAGUCGUUUAUAAAAAUAGUCCUAAAAUUGAAUACAAGCCCAACACUGCUAAGUUAAGUGAUUUAAAUAAUCUUAAUAACCUGAAAGGAGUCUUGCACAUUCAAAUUUUCGGAGUGUUAAAAAAUACUUUGUCAGAAGCAACAGAUGCAAACUUAGACGGAAAACAUGGGCUGACUAAGUUGCAUAUAGAUUUCGAUAAGUGGUUAUAUGAAGAUGUUAGUGGUAGUAAUCACGAUGAACCUAUCUUGUAAGGGCUGAAACCACAUCCAAAUUUAAGGGAGCU